AUGGAGUUUAAUUUCCUUGAAGAGCUACUGAGUUAUUAUAAGGAGUAUGAUAAAAAAUGCGGAUUUGGGGUGAUGACAAAACAGACUGAUAGGGAUGAAGAUGACUCUGUUAGAUACAUCACUCUUUGUUGUGCUCGUGGUGGGAAAGCCCGGAAUCGCACGUUGAAUGUUGCCAACCCACGUCCGACAGGAAAGACGGAAUGUAAGGCAAAGAUUAAUGCCUUAAGGAAAAAUGGAGUGCUUCGGUUGACGACAGUACACAAUAUCCAUAACCAUGGCCUCAGUCCGAAGAAAUCCUGGUUCUUUCGAUGUAAUAGAAAAGUUAGUGAUGCCGUAAAAAGGGUUCUAGAUACAAAUGAUAUGGCUGGCAUUCGAGCGAAUAAGCGUUACGAAUCUCUCGUUGUUGGUGCGAGUGGGUUCGAGAAUCUCCCAUUUUUGGAAAAGGACUGUCUUAUUAUAUUGACAAAUCAAGACAUCUACGACUUGGCGCAGGUGGUGCCGGAGCAUUCCGACAAUAGGGAGAUGAAAAAUGCAAUCGCAAUUGUCUUUCCAAAUACCCAGCACAGAUUUUGUCUUUGGCAUAUACUGAAGAAAGUUCCAGAGAAGCUUGGUUCAUAUGGUUCCUACAAAACUGGGAUGAAAAAUGCAUUGAUGAAAUGUGUAUAUGACAGCCAGCAUGUUUAUGAGUUUGAGAAAUGUUGGGAUGAGUUGCUUACUACUUACAAUUUGCAUGAGAAUGCGUGGUUGCAUAGCCUAUACGUUGAGCGUGAACAUUGGGUGCCGACAUUUUUGAAGGAGUGGUUUUGGGCUGGAAUGAGUACCACGCAGUGA